AUGGAUAAGCACAGUUACUCCACUGAAAAGAAAAUUGAUGUGGACGGAAAUCCAGAUCUUUGUCCUCAAGCUUCUUGCAAAGACACAGAGAAAAAUAAGCUUACUAUUCCGGUAGCAGUUGUUCCAAUAGUAGCAGUAGUAGUCUCAAUAUGUAUCAUCCUAACUGCAAUCUCUAUUUUGUGGAACUUCAAAACAAGAAGACAAGUUGGGACGAAGAAUGAAUCAUUGGACUCGAAAACUCGACGGUAUAAAUACUCUGAUUUAGUGAGAUUUACCAAUAACUUUGAGAGGGCUAUUGGGAAAGGAGGAUUUGGAACAGUUUACCAUGGAUACUUGGAUGACACUCAAGUAGCUGUGAAGAAGCUCUCUCAAUCAUCAGUUCAAGGAUAUAAGGAAUUUAAAGCCGAGAUUGAACUUCUCAUGAGAGUUCACCAUAAAAACUUGACAACACUUGUUGGAUACUGUGACGAGUGCACAAAUAUGGGAUUAAUCUAUGAGUUCAUGGCUAAUGGAAACUUACAAUCCCAUCUCAUAGAAAAUGAUGCAGAUACCUUGAGUUGGGAAGGUAGACUCCGAAUAGCAACAGAGGCAGCACAAGGAUUGGAGUAUCUCCACAGUGGUUGUAAGCCACCCAUAGUCCACAGAGAUGUGAAGUCCUCAAACAUCUUAUUAAAUGAGAAAUUCCAGGCCAAAUUAUCUGACUUUGGUCUUUCCAAAAUCUUUUCAGUUGAAAGUGGAACUCAUGUGUCCAUGAUUGUUGCUGGAACCCCUGGAUACCUUGACCCGGAGGUCUAUAUAUCAAACAGGUUAACUGAAAAAAGUGAUGUAAGUUUUGGAGUGGUUCUGUCGGAGGUAAUCACAAGCAAACCUGUCAUUAAAAAUACGCUAGAUCAUAUAAGUCAGUGGGUGAGUUUCAUGCUUUCCAAGGGGGAUAUUGCAAAUAUUGUUGAUCCAAGACUACAUGGAGAUUUUGACACCAACUCUGUCUGGAAAGCUGUAGAAAUAGCAAUGACUUGUGUUUCUCCAACUUCUGCUAAAAGACCAACCAUGAAUCAGGUGGUGGUGGAACUGAAUGACUCUUUAGCAAUGGAGGUAGCUCGUAAGAAGUUGGGCAAGGAUGCUGAACCAAAAGAUUCUGUGUUAUCGAUGAAUUUGAAUGUUGAUACUGAAGCAUCUCUCAUGCUAAAGUAG